CUAGAAAAGAGUCGUAAGAGGAAAGAAAAAAUGCAGACACGUGGCACGCAGAGCUCAACACACGCAACACAAGCCUCAAUAAAACCCCAGAAUAUGUCGGUUCGGUUCUUCUCUUCUCCGAUCUUCAAUACUUCCCUUCAUUAACAGUUUCAGGUUAAGGAUUUCAGAAGAUCUUGUGGAAUGUGGAGAAUUCAGCAUUACCAAGACAGCGAAUGAACCAUAACAGGAAUCAACUGCAGGUCUAUUAAUGCAAGUUUAAUCUUUCCUGGAGUGAAAAUUGAUAAAAUGAUGAGCGAUAAAAAUCAGAGCAAGCUUGUCCAGGAUGUUGUAGCUGACACCACUCCUUCUGAGAUGGAUGACAAAGAUGUUGCAGAGACAAAGAUAGUUGAUAGGAAAGGUGGAGAAAAUUGUCCAAAGGGUGCACCUCUUGAGGAAAUUGGUGCAUCAGGGGAUGUUAACAUGGAAGUACCCAUAACACCUGAUGAUGUUAUUCGGGCCGGGGGAUUUGGUGCGAGAGAUGAUAUCGGUAGCUUUCUUCCUGUUGCAAGUGAUUCUACUGACUUUGAAGCAUCCAUCCGAGAUGCACGAGAUUAUGAGGAACCACAGGGUGAAGUUAGCAGGCCUGGCCUUGGCUGGACUGGUACUACCAAAGAGGAAUGAGUUACUAAUACAUGCACUGGUAUUCGUAGCUUUUGUUUUUUAAUUGUGGGGAUCAUCCCUGUGUUUCUGGCUGAUAUUAACUGGUUCUGGUGCUUGUUAGAUAUUCAAAUAGUCAAGUGAUACUGAAAAAUAUCUUGUUAAGAAUGCUAAUCGAAGAUUUUCUUGUAAAACUAGUUGGUUUGUUAGCUAGAUUAGUAGAUUUUGGUUUGUCCUUUUGAAGUGGCGUAUUACAUUAUACACUACAAGUCACUUAGAACUUCUUUGUAUUCACUCUCUCUGUUCAAAAGCUGAAAUGUAACACAUAGCUUGCCUACUCUAAACUGAAGAAGUUAUAGUGUUUUUAGGAAUAAGAUGGGAUGUAACCUCAGCAGUGUGUAAAUAUUGGAGAUUAUAUUAACUUUUA